ACAGCCAUCUCUCUUGAGUACAGCACUUUCUUAUAUUAUCCUAUACGCUAUUAUGUACUACCACUACUACUGCUACUACGAUUUAUACUCGUUUUGUAUCCGAUGUUUACACACGUUCGCUAAAUCUGCAAACCCUUAGUGUGAGGAUCUGUAAUACGACGUCGAACAGUGCUCGUUUCCGAUCAGCCACUUUCGGUCGCAGCAGUCGCGCGCAGUGGUCUCUCGAACUUCAAAACAACUACGACUACAACAACAUCGACGACAACAGCAACAACAACAAACACGAGAAAUCCCUAACACACUGCAGAUUUUACUUGAGCCAACACCGUCGUUACGAUUUUUUUUUUUUUAAUUUCAUCGUCUAACCCUCUUAUCGUGUUCGCUGAAUCCCGGUGAAUGGCAUCGGUGACGACCGGGAAUAGUCAACGGUAUCCAUCGAGACAGGAUUUUUCAGGAUGAUCUCUACGACUGUAAAAUCGUCUAAGAUUGAACAAUGUCAUCGUGAAUUGACAUCCGGUUUGAUGAAUGCGAGCGGAGACGACGUCGAUACGAUUAUGAUGAAUAAAAAAAUCAAUGGCGGUCACCAUCACAACUGCGUUCCGACGCUACUGCAAGUUACUGCUGCAGUGGCGGCGAUACUGUUGAUGAGCUGCACCUGUGCAGCGAAUGCAGAACCCGUGGCUCCCGUCCAAGUGGCCGCCGCCGUGGCCACGGCCACCGGGACCAGUGAAGUUCCGGCGCUGCCCGUCGAAAAACCCGCGGAGGCCGUUGAUCCGUCACCCGUAGGUGCGGCAUUUUCGCAGUCACCACAGUCGCAGGAGAUCGUUACCGAAUCGGUGCAGGAAUCGACCACCCAGACGGCGGUAACGGAAAACGGCGAUCCCCAAAACAAGCUGCAACUGAUCAACGAUAAUAAUGUUCAACAAGACGAAAAACUGCGGCAACAGCAACAGCAACUGCUGUUGGCCCCGUUGCUGACUUCGGGGCAAAUGCCCGCAGUGUGGUCAUCCCAACCGUCGCAACAGCAGGCCGCGGUCGACAGUAUUUCGGUGAUACCUUCGCUGUCGUCUCUCGUCGGACGAGAACGCACCGUGGUCGAAAUCGUGCCCGUGCCCAGCGCUUCGGAACAACACCUCGUCGAUUCGCCGUUGCGUCAACCUCAACCGGAAUACAAGUACAUCGGAAGUUUGCAACCGGAAUCGGAACUACAACAGCCCGAACGGGAAAUACGACAAUCCGAACAGGAACAACAGCGACAACCCGAACAGGAACAGCGACAACCCGAACAGGAACAGCGACAACCCGAGCCGAACGAGCAACAACCACCGUCCGAACUCAGCUCGGAACAGCUACAGCAACCGUCGACGAUCCAACAGGUGCAACAACAACUGCAGACGACUGUAGCUUCGGCCCCCGCCUCCUCCAAUCAACAACUCUCGUACUUGUACAACAACAACAACAACAAUAAUGCCUUUGGCAUCAAAAACAACGACGACGACGAUCAGCUGCAGCAGCAAUAUUCGUAUCACUAUUACUAUCAACAGAACCUUGCCCAGCAGCAACAACAGCAGCAACUACAGCAACAACAACAACAACAACAGCAACAACAGCAACAACAACAACAACUACAACUACAGCAGCAGCUCAACGGCAACGCGCCGGUCGUGUACUCUCCUCUACCCGUGCAAUACGGCGGCGGUCAGUUCUAUUACCACAACAAUUUCGCUGGCAAGCAAUAUCCGCCGCAACAACUACAGCCUAACCACUAUUACCGCGGUAGACUGACUUCGCGGCGCAACAGCAGGACGCAACAGCAGUCCGCGUACGACAACGUCAACAACGGCGGCGGCGUCGGAAAUUUCUACGGUCACUAUCUGCAGCCGCAGCAUCAACAGCAACUGCAAAAACAACCGUCGCCGGAUUACGGCGGCGGCGAAAGUGACAACGUGAUCGGCAUCAAGUACGACCAAGACCCGCAGGCGGCCGCGGGCAAGCAGCACCAACCGGUGCCGCCGUUCCGGCCCAGCCAUCCGGUGUGGGCGUCCCAAUAUCCGGUGCCGUGGACGUACUACGUCAAGUCGUCGAUGGUGCAACCGGGACGGCCGGCGCCGUUCUACGCGCAACACAACAACAACUACUACGGCGGCGGCCGGAAGUCGAGGUACGUGCUGCAGCAGCAGUCGGCGGGCGCGGUGUCCAACAGGGUCGGCGGGUAUUCGCCGGCCAAGCCGCCGCGCACCAAGGUCGUUUACAUCGAGUACGGCGGCUUCAAGCCGAAAAUGGUUCCGUCCGUGCAGAUCACGGCUUCCGAGGACUACGACGGCAACCGCCGUCAGUUGACGGUCGUCGACGGCAACGACUCUGCCGCCGCUCAGGACGCGGCGUCCGUGGCCACUCCGGCCGCCGCGGUGAACGCUACCACCGCCGUGCCCGCGGCCGCCACGACCGCGUCGGCGACGGCGACGAAUACGACGACGACGACGACGACGACGACUGCGGCGACGGCGACGGCGACCGUAUCGAGCGCGAAAACGAUGCCGGAAAAACAAACGCCCCCCGCCCCCGGUGUCGUCGUAGUAGUCGUUUGAGUCGACCCCCCGACAACGAUAUUUUAAUUUAUAUACGUUUUUUUUUUUUCGUUCUAAUUUUUGUACAUAUAAAUCGGCUAAGACGCGACUGCGGUGGCUCUUAUGCGGAACGUAGUUGUCUAUAGCCUUGCUAGCUGCAACAGUAUUUAAUUUAUAAAUUAUUUAUACAGACGUCGCGACGUGUUAUACGGUAGAAACGCAUCUAUACUUCAUCGUUUUCCGAUUAUUUUUGCUUUUAAACAUUUAUUAUGGUUAUAAUAUUAUGUAUUAUUGUUUGAAUCGCGUGACAUAAUUAAUAUUAUAUAAUGUAUAGUGUAGCACACUGUCGGUGUGUAGAAACGAUCGAAUAUAUAGCUAUUUAAAUACUUAUAA